AUGAAGCUCUCGGCCCUCCUUCCCGCCGCCCUGAUCGCAGCCGCUCCCACCCUCGCCUGCCUCGAGACCAACGGAAGCAUCGACUUGGCCGGCCACGUCGAAAGAAUCACCGCCAUUGAUAACGGCGUCUUGGUCUGCGACAGCGCCUGGGGCCACCGGAUUGACCAGGAUGGGCACAUAUCGCUGACGUGCAAGCCUGGGUUCGUGUAUGCCGUCACCAAGGAUGGGACGAUGGGGUGGUACAAGAACCCGACGAAUGCGUACUCGUUCAAGCAGGUUGUUGGGGGGGGGCACCAGACGCUUUACUGGAGUGAGAAGAGAUAUGGGUGCAAGUAG